UCAGUUCGCACGGUUCGGCAAGCGGUGGCAGCCAUUAAUAACAAACCCCACAAAGAGCCAUAUCUAAAAUCGCAGGGGCUCGGACUUAAUCCCGUGUGCCGAUCGAGAAUUCUUGACGGGCGUGCGUGCGAGUGUGUGCAAAGUGUUGCGGAGUGUGUGCGUGUGUGUGUGCAGAUGAUAUAAACCACCCAACAACCAGCAUAUAUAAUUAAUAAUUCAAGGACUGACUUUAAUGCUGCAAUUUGGCCUGAUUGAUGGCUAAACAUGACUCUUGGUCGCGUUUUCCGCGAUGUUUGCAAAAGGGUACACCCAGCCUGAAUCUGGUAUCCUGCCGCAUUUAGAAUCGAAGCUUAUUAGCAGAAUGCUGCAUUGCCGUAUUCGGGCAAUUUGUUGCCUCACCCCCAACUGAGAGUCGAACGGAGAGAAGAGGAAACAACCAUCAGCCACACCCCUCCAACACGGUCCUAAUUUCAGUUCAGCUUCAUCAAAUUUCACCAACUUUCAUCCAAUGACAAAUGCAAUGCGGGCGAUUGCUGCACUCGCUCUGACGGCCGCCAGUGCAGGAGUGGUCUCGGUGGCUGCCUCGGUGGUCAGCACCACCAGUUCCAGCAGCAGCAGCACCUCCUCCACCACCAGCACCUCCAUAACGGGUGGCGGCACCACCAUCAGCGGGACCAGUGGCAACAGUAGCAGCGGACUCGCCUCGAAUUCCUCGCUGCUGGACGCCGAUCACCUGCCGCUGCAGUUGACCACGGCCAAGGUGGACCUGGACAUUGAAAUCGACAUUCAACUGCUGACAAAUGGCUACGAUGGCACAACGUUGACAUCGUUUUACAAUGAGAGCAGCUGGACAAAUGCCUCUGAAAUGGAUACAAUAGUUGGUGAGGAACCGGAGCCGCUGUCACUUGUGUCAAUUGUAGUUGUUGGCAUUUUCCUAUCGGUGCUGAUAUUCCUCUCGGUGGCCGGAAACAUCCUGGUGUGUCUGGCCAUCUACACGGAGCGCAGCCUGCGACGCAUCGGCAAUCUGUUCCUGGCCUCGUUAGCGAUUGCGGAUCUCUUUGUCGCCUCCCUGGUGAUGACCUUCGCCGGUGUCAACGAUUUGCUGGGAUAUUGGAUCUUCGGAGCGCAAUUUUGUGAUACUUGGGUGGCCUUUGAUGUUAUGUGCUCGACGGCGUCAAUUUUGAACCUGUGCGCCAUUUCGAUGGACCGCUACAUCCACAUCAAGGAUCCGCUGAGAUAUGGCCGCUGGGUGACACGACGCGUGGCUGUCAUCACCAUCGCGGCCAUUUGGCUGCUGGCCGCGUUCGUCUCGUUUGUGCCCAUCUCGCUGGGCAUCCAUCGCCCCGACCAGCCGCUGAUUUUCGAGGACAAUGGCAAAAAGUACCCCACAUGCGCCCUGGACCUCACGCCCACCUACGCCGUCGUGUCCAGCUGUAUCAGUUUCUACUUCCCCUGUGUGGUCAUGAUUGGCAUCUACUGUCGAUUAUACUGCUACGCCCAGAAGCACGUGAAGUCCAUCAAGGCAGUGACUCGACCCGGCGAGGUGGCCGAGAAGCAGCGUUACAAGAGCAUCCGCCGGCCAAAGAACCAGCCCAAGAAGUUCAAGGUGCGCAACCUGCACACCCACAGCUCGCCCUAUCACGUGUCCGAUCACAAGGCGGCCGUCACGGUGGGCGUGAUCAUGGGCGUCUUCCUCAUCUGCUGGGUGCCCUUCUUCUGCGUCAACAUCACGGCCGCCUUCUGCAAGACCUGCAUCGGCGGACAGACCUUCAAGAUCCUCACCUGGCUGGGCUACUCGAACUCAGCCUUCAACCCGAUCAUCUACUCGAUCUUCAACAAGGAGUUCCGCGACGCUUUCAAGCGUAUCCUGACCAUGCGCAAUCCCUGGUGCUGCGCCCAGGACGUGGGCAACAUCCAUCCGCGGAACAGCGACCGCUUCAUCACGGACUAUGCCGCCAAGAACGUGGUGGUGAUGAACUCCGGCCGCUCCAGUGCCGAGCUGGAGCAGGUGUCUGCCAUUUGACCAAAAGGCUGUCUGAAUCUCUCCACCACCUGGAUGCCAUGCGGAUGCGGCGGUCUGCGCGUGGACGACGAUGACGAUGGGGCGCUGACCACGCGGUAUGUUCCAUGAGAUUCGGUCACGGCGGCCACGGCCACCAUUGUGGAGACCGUGGAGGCCGCGCAGAUGGAGACGGAGCUGCUCUAGACCGCCAACUGGGUUCCUACGACCGACUCAAUGUCUCAAAGCUUCAAGUGCAAGCAAUCAUCCCAACCCUCUGCCCUGAUCCAGUGGAUGUGGAAACCUGUAAGUAUUAUCAGUGCGUCCCAGAGACUAAGCAAUCAACUUUGCGUAUACUUAAUCGCACUAGUAUCUAGCUGUAAAUCCAAAAACAUAAGAGAUAACCAAACCAAAUCCAACCCAAAACGUGAUUAGGUCUAAGAUCUUCAACCCGGCACCUAAGAGGUUCUAGUUAAGUUUCUGUUUGGAUAUUCAUGGCGGUUUGGCUCCAUGCAAAUGCGAUGAUUAUGGAGUGACACAUGUCACUUGCCACACUUCUCACUCACCCAUCCACACGAACAAACAUUUACGCACACAAACAAACCACUCGAGUCCUGAAAAAAAGAAAACGUUGCAUACAUCGCGGCGCCCCCAUAUUGGAGCAGCUCUACAUUUGAUUUAUUGAUGAGAAUUUAUGGUCAUUGAACGAACAGGGCUGCCAGCUGCACUCGUAAAUCAUGCAAAAUGAUUAUUGUUGUUAUUAUUACGGGCACAGCACAAAAGCUGUAAAACUCACCAACCCCCAUUCGCUAUAUAUUCAUAUCAUGUUUAGUUGGAGUGCCACGAUGAUAGCGAGUUUUUACGACCAAACUUUUCAGACUGAUUUGAAUUUAUGCGUUGAAAUCUGUUCCAUAAUGUUAAUUAAGCCAACUGUGAUUGACACCGGCUAACAAAAACAAUGCCACCCAGUCGAAAGGUUAACCCGAGAAUCCAUUUGGGCACUCUGAUUACCGCGUGAUUUUAUGAGCCGCACCUGCGAAAACACAGCUAUCAGCCUGCGGCAUAAUAAACCCCCUGGCAUCGUUUUCGUUUGCCCCUUCGAGUGUCUUGUCUUGUGCCCCAGUUCCCGGAUCUGAGUCAGUAGGGAAAACAAAUGUAAACAGUUUGCUCUUCACGCCACGAUGAAAAAUUAUGCCAGCACGGCGAUAAAUAUUAAAUUUAUUAGGUCUGACGAAGGCAUAAAAAUCAAGAUUAUAAAUUAAACAAUUCAUCAGAGAAAAAGAAUGUUAAAUGGCUUAUCUCAGUGUACAUAACCUGGGGAAUUAUUUAGUAUUCUAUUGUUGACUUUUUAAAUACUUCCGUUUUCUGGUAUUAAAAUAAAUAUUUAAAUUAUUUGUUUAAUAUUUAUUAUUUGGUUUUUUUGCACUUACUAACAACAGCAUAUUAAAAUCCACUCUCCGAAAUUUAAAUCAUAUGGAUAUGCUAAAUAUGAUUUUUUAUUUUUCUGCAAAGCUAAGCCAUGGUUUGUGGAAGAAAUUUAAAUAAAGUUGGUUUUUCUCUGUGUGACAAAGCUUCUGAGCUGUUUGCCCCCUUCGGCACUCGAGUUUCAAUUCCUGUUAUUUGCGGAUGCCACAACUCUUGCCCCAGUCUUUCUCGGUUCUGUUAUUAAUACAAAGUACUUAUGCUCGCUGCCCCAGUUUUUCCCCUUCCUAUACAAGGCAAUCCGCUUAUAACCUUUUCAGUCUUUGUUUAUUCGAUUCCCUUUCGCGCGCUCUCCUUUUUGUAUUUAUUUUGGCAGUUUAUUAAAACUUUGGCGCUGCUUUCGUCAUUUUAAUUACGAUAUUCGGAACAAAAGCGAAACGGCAUUUGUUAUCGUGGGCCACGCCCUCUGUACCGCCCAACGCCCACUGGCAAUCGUCAUUGCCACAACUGGCACGCAAUCAAUUCAACUCAACUUCAACUCCACUAACGAUUUCGCACGUGUCGCAAGUUCUUGGUUGAGUAAAGGCUUGAAAUUUGGGGAUUGAGUGCUUUAUGGCACACAAGGAAUGGUCUUGCCCUCAAACCUCCAAGCCCCCUAUUCACCCACUUUCCACAUACCAAAAACCUGGCCGAAUUCCCACAUUCCAUUUGGGUUUAUUUGGGGCACAGCCAUUGACUUUGACUUUGGAAUUUGUCGUGUCCAAACUUAAACCUCGAAAAAAUGGCUAGCCCAUGAUAAAUGUGCGUGGCGUGGCCAUAAGCCUUAACCCGUUAAGUUCCAAAUUUGCCUUUAUUCAAUAUUGAUACAAAUAAAUCAACAGCUAACUUGAACAGCCACAAACGAAUUUUUAAAGAAAAGUGGUCGCAAAGAGAAUAUAAACCAUUUCGGUAAAUAAUAAAUAAUCCUUUAAAUAAGCUAACAAUGCGAGGAAAAUUAUUGACACUGGCACUUGUUUUAAGCAGCCAAAAUUCUCCAAACACUCAGACUUUGUCAACCAUGGGUUAAGACUUUUACCAUAACUCUUUCUUUUCGGCUUUGCAUAAUUAAGAUAAUGCCCGGAGCUUGCUCUUGUUAUGCUUUCUCGUUACAGAACUUCCUGUUUGUACCACUUCGCUACUCCUCUUCUUUCUUUCUCCUCCGAAAUUCUCCGACUUUCUCCUGCGUUCUCCGACUUUCUCCCCUUUAUUCAUCUUUGAUUUGCUGGAAGCAAUUUUGUGAUUGUGACUAUUGCUGAUGGAACCAGGGAGGUUCCUUUUGUCCCCCAGUCAUGAAAAUCCUUUUCUAGCCUGCAAUUUUCAAAGGCCAAGGGUUUUUUCAGGGUUUUGGUUUUCGCGAGUUUUAAUUGGAACAUUUGACAGCCUGAAAGUCGAUUGUUGGCAUGCCUUUCUGUUGGAUUUUGCGGCCUCUGGCUGUCUGCUUCUAAUUGUAUUAGCCAGAUUCAUGUUAGAAGCCUACGUGACCAGAAUGAAAAAGUGCUCCUGUCUGCGACAAGAUUCUGCGAAGAGAGAGGUAUCCAGUAAGCCAAGCCAAGCUGAACAUGUCCUUUCAUUAGCAUAAUCGCCCCACAAAAAACUUACUACACUAGUAGGGAGAAAUUACCCCAUUCACUUGAAAGUCUGAACUUUUUUGUUGACUAUUUGCUGCUUAAAUAAACAGAUUUCCCGUAAUUGCUUUUGCAAUUGAGUCAAACGAAAAAAAAGGCAUACAGAGAAAAAAUCACAAGUUCAUGUCAAUAACAGCUACAAUCAAUUACAUUUUUGUGUAAACAGCCGGAAAAAAUUUCUUAAAUGAAAGCGCUCAAUUUGAAAAGAACUUAAAUGAGAAUGAAGCAAAUAUUUAUAUCAAAUUCAAUGGCCACAAAUGUAUGUUUACUUAUUCUUGUAAAACUUCCAGCCCUCUUCAAUAUUUCAUGUCGUCUGCCUGCCCUUGGCACAUAACUUGUCUGCAAUCCUUUAGGCAGCCAUCUGGCUAAUCCCAUGUAUACAUAAUGGGUGUCAUAUAUAUUCAAUUGGCAAUCCUUUAAGCCAACUUUAAAAUCUGUUUGGAUUUCUCCGUUUGCCGAGUGUUAAACUUCAAUCUGGAGCCGAAAAAGUCAAACGAUGAAUGUCAACAUUUCGCAUAAAUUGCAUGUCGACUGCCAAAGCGAUUCCAAAGCAGUGGGUUCCCAUUAAAACAGGGCCUUUGACGUUGACUGGUUUAGGCCCGCUCACUCUCUGAUGGAUUGAUUGAUUGAUGGAUGGAUAGAUGGUUGGCUGAAUGGCUGGAUAGACGGCUAAAGCGAAUUUUGCUGCUUCGCUGGCAUCGUUUCUCAUAUUUUUUUUUUGGCUUUGACACGGCCACGCCUUCUAAGCACUGACAACUAUCAACAGUUGGCCGCCAAAGUUUUCGCAGCUACCUUAUGCUCUUUGCUUGGCUUAACUUUGGUUAUAUUUUGGCAUUUUUAUAUCUUUUACGCCUGCCAGUGUUUAUUUUGCUUUACGACUUUUCACAAAUUCCCGCAGUCUUCCUUAUUAUUUUUUCCCUUUUGCCCCCUUUUUUCGCAGCUAUCCCAACCAAAUCUUUUCCUGGCGCGUGUCAUUUUGUAGCCUACUUCUAGGCUGAGCUCGCAUUCCUGCUCCACAUUGCGUAUACUUAACGUAUGCCCGCGAAAACGUUUUAUUACCAACGUUGCCUGGCGUGCUAAUUUAUACGUUAGGACCGGGGGGGCCUUCAUUUAAUACCUCUAGCGGCCCAGUCACGUCCAAAUGGAUCAUAAAAACACAAUUUUAAUCACAAUUUCUUUUUUUUUACUUUCUCCAUGGCAUUUUUCGCAUAAGCAAAUUAGCGAAAACAUUUCGAUAAAUGCAAAGAAUUUAGCACAUAUACGUUUGUGGUCGCACAUUUUUAUGCGAAAUUUGUUCGACACUUGCUUUAUUUUAUUUAAAUUCCCAUUUUCAUCUAAUUAAUUUCAUAAUUACCUAAAAGUGAAAUAACCAAAGUUGAUAUUUAGUUUAAUACAUUUUUAAAUUUCUUACUCGCAGAGGAAUUCUUGUUCUCCCACUUGACCUUCCAGGCCGUUUUGGCCAAGAGCCUAGUUCGAUGCGCAUGUGGUUGCAUUGGACUUGACAUUUAAACUCCAGCAGCACUGCGUAUACGCGAUCUUUGACAUUUGGCAACUUAAAGUGCUUUAAGCUGCCUCUAAGUCGUUGGCCAGUAACUUUCAUUUGAUUUUCAACUUCUUGCCGCCGCCCGCAGAAAGUUUCGCUCCCUUCCGAGCGUCCUUUUGUCGUCGAGGGCGCAAAAAGAAGGGGAGGAAAACUUUGGGCACGGAAAAAGUUUUUCAAGCCCUGCAACAAUAACAAAUGCAGGCAAAGUUUAGAUAGACUUCCCUCCCUUCGCGGCUCCACCUGCCGCAGCAUGCAAUUAAAAUUAUGUGCCCCAAAUGCAAAAGAGUUGUUUGCUGCUGCAGCCUCGAAAUCAUUUCGUAAUGCACUUGGCUCCAGGCUUUAUGCCAGUUGCGGUAAUUUAAUCGGAAGGCAAAUUCAAUUCGAAGGCAAAAGUUUCUGAAUAAAUGAUGGCUGUCCGGGAGUAUCGAGUGAAUUGGGAGCAUUUCCAUUUGCCACUUACAAUGACAGUUAUUUAAUUCCACCAGGAAGCCGCUGCCGCUGCUUAACCUUAUCCCUUUUCGCCUGCUCCCUGCCGACGAGUAUCAAGCGAUUUAAGCUGCACUCAAUCGAUUUUAUAUCCCGACCCUUACAUGCGAUGCAUUUUAAUUAAGAAGGUAGCCUCUGUGUCCGCAGGCGGACUGUUACAGACGCCAGCCUACAACGUGCACCUUUUUAUCAAGGUCCUGUCGCCUUGACAUGCCACGCCCACCGCCCACUGUCCCCGCUCUCUGCAGUUUGCAAUUUUAAACCCAAAUUGAAUUACUUCUCUAUCGCCGGCAUCAUUGGCGGUCGGCUGGUUGGGCCUUCUACCCGAAUUUCCCCCGUGGGCUGCAAAGGCUGCCUGACAACCCGCAUAUUGAUCGAGCUUUAAGAACGCCGCCUUCCUAGCUGACGAAGAACAGGUGAAAAAUAAGACAAGGAUGUUGAGCCAACAGUGUUAAUUGGUCUGGGAAACUCAAUGAAUUUCACACUUGGCUUAGAUGGGCUUAGACAAAGCAAAUAGUACCAGUCCUUAAAGCGAUUGAAAUGUUUAUAAUAUUCGAAAUCAAUUUUUUAAACAACUAAGUAAAUAUUUUUAAUGUUGUUGUAUAGCUCGUUUAUCUGGUCUUUAUGCAGUAUAUCUACAUAGUUUAUCAUUUCAUUUGUAUUUUUAAUUGCUUGAAUUAAUUUGAAAAUACUUCUAAGAAUACAAAAAUAAUUAGAGUUUAAUUCAGCUUCUCAAAAAACACAGAGAAUUUUAUUAUAUUGCGAAAUUCUUUCGUCUAAAAAUACCUGACACAGGUUAAGAGAAAUAACUUUUCAAUUUAAGCACUUAAUUUCGCACAAAGCAAUUAGCUCUGCAUUCCGCCAAAUUAAUUGUAAUCAGUCAUAAAAGUAACAAGCCAACCAUUUUGAGUGAGAAAAUCUAAUUAAAUACUCAGCAUGAAAAUACUGAACAAAAUAUGAAUACUAUUUGAUUACAGCACAACGAGGUGUUUAAGAGACGCAAAUGAUUUAUUUGAUUAUUCUCCCCAAAAACCACCCUCUCUUUUGAAAUUUAAUUAAUUGACAAAUAUUUGUGUAAAGGCGGCAACUGGCUGGACGAGAGCUGGCCGCAAAUUAAACAAUAACACAACGGGCACUUCAAUCGAAAUUUAUUUGAUAAAAUAUUGUUUUCCCCACCGAUGCUGCAUGGUUUUUCAAUUAAAGUCGAAAUCAGACUGUGCUGAAACUAAAAACAGAGCCAAGACCGAAGCAGACCCAACCUCUGUCCAGCGGUUGGCCAUGUGCCGUGCUCCUGACAGCUGCCGCCCGAGGGGAAUCAGGAUCAGGGAGAGUGUCCUGCUAGAGCUGCGAGGCAACAAUGCAGGCGUGAACAUAAAUUUCAAGCUUCACUGAGCCACCCAGAGCCCUUCGGUUGGUCCACCCCGCAAUCUCCGCCCUUCGGCCGGGGCUAAAAGUGCCAAAGUUUAUUAUUAAAUUAUGUUGGCAAAUAAAACUGUUGAACGUAAAAUCAAUUUUAGGAACAUCUCUCUGCUUCUGGCCCACUGAGAAGUGUCCUUUGUCUCGGGGUUUUCCCUCUCUCUCUCUCUCUCUCUCUCUCUCUCUCUAUCUAUCUCUUUCCUCCUUUCAACACAGCCUUCUCUUUCGCUGCCUGUGACCGAAUGAACCCAACUAAUCAAAUUAAGCUUAUUUUUAAAAAAUUCAACUUGCCCAAAAAACAAUUCUUCUUCCCGGGAAACCCUUUUCGAUGCUGGUAAUCGAAUAUACCCCACUCAUCGAACUCGUUAAUGGCUCUCAACUCGCUGGCCGAGACCGCAAAUAGCCGCUGGAUGCCCGAAAAUCGAUUCCCGAUAUAUAGCGAUAUAUAUAUACCGAGCGAGAGACCCCGCACAUGCGAAAGGAUAUUUCGAAGACCUGAAAUAGCCCAAGUUCCGUUUAGCAGCUGAAAACUGAAAUACUCACAUUGAAUAGGCAAAUUCCCAGGUCAGGGCGGCCGGAAGGAGACAGAGGAUAGGGCGGAUAGGGAGAGCGAAAGAGAGGCUGACAGCUUUCUUUAUAGAAUUACUUCUGGCGCAAUAACUUUUCCAACUGAACGAGCCGUUGAUGGAGCACACUCGCUCUCUGCGCCCGCUUUUCCCACCGCUUUUCCUCCCUCCUUUCCCUCCCGCCCGCCUUUCAUCCUCUUUCAUUCCAUUCAUUGAUUUGCCUUUUGCCUUGGCCAACUAGUGCAGGACGUGCAGGACAUGCGACGUCGCCCAGAGAGGCAGACAUGGGCCACUUCCUCUUAGCCCAGUCUCCUUAACACUCCAGCGCCCGAGAGUCCGGACAAAAAUAGUUUGCGGUGAACUCUCUUCUAUGCCUGGUAAGCUAACCCACUAACACAUAAUAUUAUUUAUUAAACUGUUUGCCCCCCCCUCCCGAUUUGGCAAAAUCUCAAUUUUUAAUUUGACCCUCCGGCAGCCUAGUGGCCGUAAAUAACAGCAGGACAAUUAAGGUUUGUGGGCAAAUUAACUUUUAGCUUCAGCUUUAUACAAUUUUUCUCAACAAUCUUAUUUCAAUCUACUUCAGUCUUUAAACAAAAUAAACAAUUUCAAUAUUUUACAAUCAGGAUUUGAAUACCACGCAGUACAUACAUUUUCGUAUAUUUUAUUAAAUAUGCUUUUUAAGCUCCUUAAAACAUUGUUAACGAAAAACAAUCCAAAAGCAACAAGGCAUUUCAUUUUGAAAAAUUAAAUCUCUAAUCCGCUAUUUGCCGAACAAAUUAGUUUACCGUUUUGCACGGCGAUCUCUAGCAAUUAGUUUGCUUUAUGCAUUAGUGAUUUGCAAAACUAAAUGCUUUUAAAUUGAAAAACUUUUGUUCGAGCAUUUGUAAAAACGAUGUAAAAAAGUUUGCAAACGGUUUGGAAAACUGUUCACUUUAUUUAUUAAGAUGUUUAUUCAAGCAAUUAAAAAGAUAAAAUAAAAUCAUAUAUCAUAGGCAGAGCAAAUUUGUCGGCUACAAAAUGUUUAUUUGCAAAUAAAUCAUGGGCUAAGAAAUGGUAUUUCUGUUUAGCAAAUAUUAAAUGACAAGCUACAUAAUUCAGAAUAUAAUUAACCAGAAGGAAAAAUUAAAUAUUGCAAUGAAAAGUGUAACUUUUAAUUUUAAUUCAAUCAACGUUUUUUAGUUAUUAAUUUAAUUCAUUUUAAUGGGAGUCAAAAUAUAGAGAAAAUAAUUACUUACCUUCGAUUAAACCCUUCGAUUUCUUGGAAUGUUUCCUAGGAUCACCUAGGUGUUAAGUGUAAGUCACCUGAACUGGGGAUUAAGGCUCCUGUUGCCUGUUGUCCUUGCUGUUUCCUUUGCCGCUGGUGUUGCAGCUGCUCCUUUUCCCAAUGCUACUAAGUGGCCGUGCGGCUAACCAAUCACUCGAGUGUCCUGCUCUAGGAAUUCUCUGGCCCAGUGAGGAAGUGAGGAAAAGACACGAGCAAACAAAUGGCGGCAAGUCCGCAUCUGGCUGUUGACUCCCCAAUUGGCCCGGAUACUCCGACGAUGAUGUCGAUGCCGCCGGGCCACUCAGCAAUGAUUAAUUACACUUAAUUGUAAUUUAUGCGGCUCUGGAGCAGCGCCCAUUCUUCUCCAUUAGUCGAAGGACUCUCAGGGAAUCAACUUUAUUGAAAUCUAGGCCUCUGGGCUCCUACACCCAUCAGUCUCCCGUUCCCGGCAAAUGUCCUUUUGUUUCACUAAUUGGCCAUUAAGCUGCCAAGAUUUUUAAAGCAUUUAACGUUGACUUUCGUUUUCGCUUUCAAUAGCUCGGGCUUAGGCGCAAAGUCCGCUUGACUCUUGUCCGACAAAUUGGCGGAGCUCCGGCGGAUGUUGGCCUCCUGCUGUUGGUCAGUGGAGUGGCCAUCAGACUACGGCUCCGCCCGAUAUAAAUCAAGCCGUUUCUUUGACUUUUCUUGGGGCUGUUUGCCAGCGAAAGCACCGCUCAUUAAUCAGGCCGACCGCAGUCAAUGGGAAAUGUUUACUUGAUGGCAGCUUGUUGCAGUUCAACUAUAUCAGAGUUCAUUUAUUUUCAGUAAUGAUGUUGAGAUACCACUUGUUCAUCCCUGGGCUCAGAGGUCAGGUACACAAUUUUCUUUAGUUUUUUCAACAAGUCAAUUCUGGGUGUACAGUUUGGGGGUAAAAGCACGUUCUUAAUUUAAGGUAUUACAAAGUUUAUUUUAUUAAGCCAUCAAAUAACUUCGCUUAGCUUUUUCGUAUUUUUAUUACAAAUGAACAAAACAGAAUAUAUAAAUUUUUUAUUAUUGGCCAACAAAUAAAUCAACUUAUAGUUUUUACUAUAACAAAAGAAUCAUAAAAUAAUUUCCCCCAAAUGAUGAGCUUUCCAAGAACAAAAUGAAUUGAAACUGAGCCCAGCGGCUGUCCCUGAAUCAAUUAUUAUUAACGAAAAGUUUGCUUUGAAGCUUUCAUUGGACCGUGUCCCUUUCAAUUCAGUUGCCUAAUUAUAUCAAUUCGGUGCAACAGUGAAGUGGCCAAAAGUGUAAGCGAAGUUUUUGUGGACUUUUUCGGGAAAACGAAGCACUCGACUGUAAUUCGAGCAUUUUUCCGGGCAUAAAAAUUACGAGGCUCCGCACUUUUUACGAGCAGCGUCAGCGGCGAACUGCUGACAUAGAUUUUGCACAAAUAUUUCGCACUACUUCUCAUUUUACGACGGCACGCAAUAAAAAGUGAAAAGCUGAAAGGCUUUUCUUCCCACCCUCUUUAGCGUUCGCCUUUUGUUUGCUUAAUAUUUCUGCCGUCCUGUUCUUUUUUCGAAUUUUUCCCGGAUUUUUUUUAUUGUUUUUCCGCUGAUUCUGUUGUUGCAGCGAAAAUAAAAAGCGGAGCAGUGCAAACAAUGCUACGGAGUGAUUGCCGUGAAAAAUGCUGCGAUUUUGAGACCGACACGCCUACCAGCUGCCAACCCGCCCAUCCAUCAGGCCAUCCAACCAUCCAUCCAUCCAACCAACCAUCCAUCCAACCAUUCAUCCGUGUUUACUUGCAGCCAUUUCAACACUUUUGUUUGCAUGCUUAAAUAAAUUCAGGCGUAGUACCUACAUUUUUUUUUAUAGGAAAAACUGGUAGCUAUUCAGUUGCUCGCAUGAAUAAACUGCGAAAAUCAAAGAUAAAUCUUUGUGCUUAGUAUUUAAGUGACCGCAAAUGUACUAUCAAGUGUUAUUUCAUAACUGGACUCAUGAUUUAAAUUCAAACGUUUCAACUUCUUGACUUUACAGACCAGUGAGGCAUUCGAAAAAUUGCAAUGACGAUAAGUGUCCUAGCCAAGAGUGGCAUCAACAAAUUAUCUAAUCGACCCUUUUACCAUACUUUGAAUCCUCCACCUGCCUCUUUGCCCUUUUCUUCCGGGUCAGCAAAGUGAAUUGCAGUCACUGGGUCCUCCGCUUCUAGUGCAACUGACAGCUGGCUUAGCAGCAUUAAGUGCCGAAACUAUAGAGAGUCCUGCGAAAAUUCCCACCCACAAAGAAUACUGCAUUGACUGGUAGCAACAAUUUUUUGAUGGAAAUAAAACUUUGCCUCUGGCACUGCAUAGAUAACAUGAAAUUGUCAAAUGUCAAGUCUUGACAUGUUCGAAUAGGAAAUCAGCACACUAAAAAAUUGCAGUCGAGUAAUAGAGUAGCCAGCUUCAUGAGAAAACAAAAACUGUAACCAAUUUUGUAGUCAUUUUUUAGACCAAACAUUUAAAAAGGAAACACAACUAAAAGUGAAGAUACAUUUUAUUCUUUUAAUAUAAAACAAACAUAUUGACAAGCAAAAACAAAAGAACUCCAUUAAAUAAAAAAUGUUCUAAAGUUAAUUAAGUGACUCAUCUUCAACCAUUGAUCAUUAUUAAACUGCUACUUUUUACCUUUAAGUUCUCAAAUCGAUCAAAGCAUAAUAAUUUUUUUGGUGAGAUUUAUGAAAGAUUUAUGGAAUGUUGUCUACUUGCUAAGCUUUAAAUUUAAUUUUUGAAAAACAACAGUUCUUAGGAAUAAACAUACAAGAGGAAGCUGUCUGCAUUUCUUAAAACUCUAAUUAAACAGUUGUUAUUUUUGUUGAGUGGCGAGUUUGCUGAAGCUAGUUUAAUGGCCAUACAAUUGACACAAAAGUUUUCACAUUCUCUCAACUGAGCCGGUUUGAGCCGCCCUGAGCUGCGUCGAGUUGGUCGGGAGGCAAUGCCGGUGCAUUAGUGGCCAAAUCCCGCCCUCAGGGACCACGGCUGAGCUGCAUUUUCGCUUCAAAAGUUGGGCAAAACUGCAGUUUUAUAACAGGCCCGGCAGUGCUUGCUUGUGGAAAUUGUCCAUGGGCAGGCACAAACCGACGAACCACCAACGCCUCUGUGGUGGGUGAACCACAGUUUAGCGUCCCUCGAACAUAUCAGAAAAGUUUUGAAUUAUUAAUUGCUUAACGUCGAGGGCUAUUCGCCCCAACAUCAGCCACAUAUCACGCACACUCAGACACAUGGACACGCAUACACACUCAGCCAUGGGAAUUCUGUACCUACUACAUAUAUGCUUUACUAUUUUGUACCUUAAGGUGAUUGCGUUGUGUAAACUCUACCCUUUAGUGUUUAAGGACGAGUAAUCUUGAAAUCAAAUUAUGUAAAUAAAUAUCAGAAAAGGGGUACGAGUAAGUACCCCGAGAAUAUAUAUAUUGUAUUACCAUAUAAGCAACAAGAUGAUGAAGCGGAAGCGGAAACAGAAACUACCAAGUUUUUAGUCGUAAGCCAAAUGGCAAAGUCAUGUAUCGACAACACAAAACACUGUUACUGUAUGUAAGGCUCUUUUGUACCUCUUGCUCUCCCACUUUCGAAUUUACUAAGAAACCCUUGAAAGCGCUAAGUGAAACUUAAACGUUUGUCUAGCUUUAAGUGUAGAAAAUUAAAUUAAAUUAAUUUAAAUUAUUGUAAUUGCGCAGAUGCAUGAAUAAAUAGCGAAUCGAAGUGGUCGGUGGAUCAUUAGCCACAUUUCAACAAUUAUGCUGAAAGCAUUUAAUAGUCUAAACAUGAACUACAUAAUCCGCAUAGAGACAAAUUAACUUGUAAAUUAUUGAAUCUCAAACAGCAUAAGUCAAGCAAAUCCGUAGUGGCAAAAAAAUAUUGUUCAUUGUUGCUGUCUAAUACGCCUAGAAUGGAUAAAUAAACUAUGCAUUAAAACAAUAUCAGUAACUAGUUAAAUGUGUGUGCGUUUGUCAUUGCAUAUGUAGCCAAGAGUCCCCAGAUUAAAUCGUUAGCUGUAAAUGUUUUUGUGUAUAUCUGUAUAUGUCUCUGUAUAUGCUUAGAUCAAUAAACCCCGAUGUAUUCACCUCUGACCCUAAGUUGACACCCCUUCCCUUCAGCAUAGUUUCUGUAUUCUGUAUAAAUUGAAAAUCUCUCAACUAAGUUUACUCAAAAGGAAAACUACUAAAGCAAAGUGAGAAAUACUUAAAUAAAUACUGAAGCAUAUUGAUAAGCA